AUGAACAGGUGGGGUAACGACAAGGACGCUUUUCUUCUGUUGGGCCAGGCGCUCGAGCAGCGCCACCUGGACCAGCUCUCGACCCAGCUCAGCGUGAUCCAGUCGGUCUUGGUCAACUUUGCCCACGAGCACGAGCAAGACAUCAAGCGCAACAGCGAGUUCAGAGGCAAAUUCACCCGGAUCUGCGAGGUGGUGGGCGUCGACGUGCUCGAGUUGGUGUUGACAGGUACCAAGCUGGACAACUACCACAUUGCACUCUCGGUGCGUAUUGUGGAGAUCUCCCAGGAGACCCGCGACAUCAACGGAGGCCUUCUUGCAGUCAAAGAGCUCGUGUCGAUCCUCCAGUCGAAGAACGUGCCCAUCGCGGCGUCUGAGCACGACAUCGAGACCUCGGUGGCUAUUCUCAACCAAUUGGGCCGGGGGUUUGAGAUCCUCAACAUCAACGGCAAGAAAUGGCUCCGAUCCGCAGGCUCCACCAUUUCCAGCGACCAGAAGACCAUCUACGAGUUGUGUGGCUUCAUGGGCGGCUACGUGUCCUACAGACUCUUGCGGGACAACUAUGACUGGGACAGGGCCAGGUGCAAGACCGUUAUCGACGAAAUGAUCCUGAACGGGUUGUUGUGGUUGGACGCUCAGCAGGGAGAGACCUUGUACUGGGUGCCGUCGUGGAUAUCAAGAACAUAG